UUUAAAAUGAACCUAGAUGAUGCGAAAAAGAAUGGGAGACAAGGACGUUUUAAAGAUAAGUGUGCAGAAAACUCUAGAGAUUCUAAUAUGGUUCCCAGAAAUAGCAGCAGAUUAGAGAUAAGCAUACUAAAUAUUGCUCAUGGUGAGGAAGCGAGCAAUUAUGAUCAUAGAUCUAUUAUGGAGGAUGAACAACCUGGAAACUUUGAUCCUGAAAAUAUGAAUGAAACUGAGGAUAUCAAUGUAAAGUUCAAAAAGACAAAAAGUCAUGGAUUAAUGUCACCUCUUCAUCCUCAGCAAGUAGGGACUUGGGUGGUCAUGACUAUAUUGGUACUUUCUUUUUACCUCUUCCUAGUACCUGGUACAUAUUAUAUUGGCACGGGAUUUGCAGUCUUCAUUGGUUUGGUGUACGGCUCUUUGCUCAUUGGUGUCGUGAUAUUUUGACUCAGAGCCACACUAACAGAUCCUACGGAUCGAAAUGUCCUUUAUGAAAGACAAUGAAGAAAGGAGGGAGUUGAGGCGGAAGAAAAUGAUGAGCUUGAGUUUUUCUGAGACGUAUGAGAAGCGUACGUUCACGAAAGAACCAAACACUGAGGAGAAUGUAAUAGAUGUUCUGAUCUUUUUGAUCAUCACUGAAAGUGGUUAAAUAAUUGAAUCGGUGGCAAAAACUACGCUGAUUUUCUUAUCCUCAUUUCAGUAUUAUGUGCACAAACUCUGAUUUUUAUGAUUAUCUCCCUGAUUUUCGUUAUAACUGCUCUGUCUAGUAAGUCUAAAUUUCAAGAAGGCUUUUAUAAAUACUACGACACAGACCUCAACAGAUUUGGACUGGCAGUUUUUAUAGUAAUACUCAAUAUCUUAUGUGGGCUGAUUGUAUUUUUCACGAUUUCCCUGGUAUUUCUACACAUAAAACUCAAAAAGAUCGGUCUCACAGCCUAUGAGUACAUUGUUUAUAAAGAAGAAGCUCAAGAGAGAUUGGAGCUUUUUGAGGCAGGAGAAAUGAGCCGAGGUGAAUAUGAAGAAGAGGAAAGAAAGGCACAGGAUGACCUCAGGAAAAAGAAGAAAGAAAGGAUUAUUGAGAGGAAUAAGAAAGCUAAGGCACAACAAGAAAAGGAGCAAGCUGCAACAAAGAAUGCUCUUACAAAAAGCCAGACACCUUCAAAAGAUGAAAACACUAAAAAUAAAACAAAGAAACACAAAUCUGAACAGAAGAAGGAAGAUUUUGUUGAUAUCAUGAAAGAUGACGAGAAUCCACAGAGAGUCCAGAACUACUCUGCUGGGCCAAAGAUGAACGCAAGUGGCAGAAAGGCCAAAUAUGCCGAUGUAGAAGACAUUAAAAUUGAAAUGGCUGAAACAGAUACCAAGAAAAAGCUAAAUUUCAAUCCGGGCAAAGAAACUUCUGAAGAAUCGAAGGAGUCAAAAGAGCCAAACAAGGAAGAAGCAAAUAAAAAUAUGCAAGGAAUGAUGGAAGACUUUAAUGACAGGGAAGAUGACUCUGGUGAGAGACAAGAAAGUGAUAUCAAUGACAGAGCUGAUUGGAAAAUGCCUGACGAAGUUAAAGGGAAUCAAAAAGUUUCCUCUAAUACGCAUAUUAACAACAGUUUUAAGCAAGAAGAUGUCGAUUCUACCAGAAAGAUAAAUAAUGACUUUGAAACCAUAGAGAAAAGGCAUGUUUCAGAAAUACGCAAGAACUCAGACUCCAUUUAA